GGCUGGGACCCUCUGCUCUGCCUGUGUUAGUUGGAAGCCCGCCGUCCGUCCUCCAGUCCUCGCUCCAGCAGCCCUCUGCCUUUCGCCGCCACGCCAGCCGGAGGGUCAGGCCGGCUGGAUAACUCGCCUUCCCACCCCACCCACCAGCCCGGCCGGGACCAUGGAGGACGUGAAGCUGGAGUUUCCCUCCCUGCCACAGUGCAAAGAGGACGCCGAGGAAUGGACCUACCCUAUGAGACGAGAGAUGCAGGAAAUUUUACCUGGAUUGUUUUUAGGUCCAUAUUCUUCUGCUAUGAAAAGCAAGCUACCCAUACUACAGAAACAUGGAAUAACCCAUAUAAUAUGCAUACGACAAAAUAUUGAAGCAAACUUUAUUAAACCAAACUUUCAACAAUUAUUUCGAUAUUUAGUCUUGGAUAUUGCAGAUAAUCCAGUUGAAAAUAUAAUACGUUUUUUCCCUACGACGAAAGAAUUUAUUGAUGGGAGCUUACAAACUGGAGGAAAAGUUCUUGUCCAUGGAAAUGCAGGGAUCUCUAGAAGUGCUGCCUUUGUUAUUGCAUAUAUUAUGGAAACAUUUGGAAUGAAGUACAGAGAUGCAUUUGCUUAUGUUCAAGAAAGAAGAUUUUGUAUCAAUCCUAAUGCUGGAUUUGUCCAUCAACUUCAGGAAUAUGAAGCCAUCUAUUUAGCAAAAUUAACAAUACAGAUGAUGUCACCACUUCGGAUAGAACAGUCAUUAUCUGUUCAUUCUGGUACCACAGGUAGUUUGAAGAGAACACAUGAAGAAGAUGAUGAUUUUGGAAGCAUGCAAGUGGCAACUGCACAGAAUGGCUGACUUGAGCAAGGUGUGAAUUUCUACAUGGGAAAAAGAAACUACUGGAGACAAUAAUGGAAAAUUGUAAAGACACAAGUAGUUUCUUUACAUUUUUAGGUUGCUUCCAGACAUGUUCUUCUGCAACUUGUUGAGCAUCAUUUUAAGAAAAUGUUGGACUUCUCCAAUAGAUGACACUGGCGGGGCUUUUUUUUUUUUUAAAGGAAAAAACACACACACACACUUUACAGUUUUAUUAUAAACCAAGAUUUUUGGACUUGCAAAGAGGUAUUAAUUGCAAUAAUGCACUUUUCAUACUUGAAAUUUAUUUGUAUAAUAUAAAGUUAUUACUUUAAACAAAAUGCAAGUUGGGGGAUUGUUUAUAAAGCUUGGGUAAUUUAUAACAUGAAUUUCCUAAGGUUUGCUAAAAAUUCAUUUUGUGUUAUAUAUAUUACAUUUUUAAGAUAAUUUUACAGUUCAAUUUUAUGAUGGAACCUCUUACAGAAACAUUAACAAAAUGCAGGAAUCUGCCCCCCCCCCUUUUUUUGUAUAAUUUAGUAGCUUAAUUGGAUUUUUAAAAAUUCUAGAUCCCGAAUUACCACUUUUUAAAUCAUGACAUUAGCCAACUAUCCUUACUUUAACAUGAUCCAAAUACUGCUUGCUUACCCUUUCUACUUUGUUUACUCUAGAGGGAAAAAAGGUUUAAUGAUCAAAGGAAGAUAUUUUGCCUUAUAGUACCACAUGCUCAAAAACAAGAAUAGUGUGAGAUUUCCAAGUGAUUUUCCUUUUUUUUUUUUUGUUUUUCUUUUUGGUAAGAGCCAAAUGUUGUGUUUGUUUUCAGAGUUGCCUAGACCUUUUUUGUUUGUCCAGAAUGGUUCUAAAUAGAAUAUAAUAAACCAAUGUAGCACUAUUUUUGUCCUGAAUGAAACCCCCCCCAAAAAAGUGCCUUGCAUCAUUUAAAAAGAAAAAUGUUAAAUCCUCGUGACCUCUAAAUUAGUAUGUAGAGUAGUGAAAACUUCAUAAUAUUUUUCUGUAAUUUCUUUUCUUUUUAAACCACAAAUUAAUUUAAACUGAAAAGUAUGAGGCUUGAAGAAAUCUUAGUAAAUUAUUUGUAGUAUGGAAUAUUUACUCCUUUGUUUUAUGUUGUCUUAAUGAUUCUGUGAGGUUGUUCCAGUUCAGACAGAAGCUUUUCUUUGAAGAUGCAUUUGCUGGGGAAAGUGAUUUCUGGGGUAUUUUAAAUUACCAUUUUAAUCAAUUCUUUACAUUGAGUUAAUACAAAUUUCCCCUAUGAUUUGCAUUAGCAGUGUCACUUUAUCUAUCGAUGUUAUAUUUAUAUGUAUAAAGUUGUCCUAAGAAAAACAUUUUUACCAUUUUAAGUAUGUUGUAUGGGAAGAGGGGAGUGUGUACCUUUUUAUAGUUAGGACUUUAGGGUAGCACAAACAAAACUCCUUCCAUAUCUCACUUUUCUCAGUCCUCUCUGGAGGUGCUUUUCUAAUGGGAAUGAUUUCUGUACAUUCCCUUGGUACCAAGAGGUACUCUGCAAGGUAACCUAAUACACCAACUUACUUGCUUUGUUUCCCUCCAUGUGAUACAGUAAUACAGUAAAAGCUUUUGUUAACUAGCAUAGUGGGAAAGUGGAAAGAAAUUCAAAUUGCUCUAUUAAUUACGAGUUCAUUUCUGUUCACCCGGGUGGUAAUUACUCUUCUGCUUUUCCUUCCCUUCUAUUUUACCCCCUGAACACAGCAUAUUGUUAACCCUGUUGUGGUCCAGUAUUGUGUGAGUAGGUCAUUUGAUAUAUUGGUCUAGUGGAGUCAAGAUUUGCAUUGGGUGUUCGAAAAUUCAGUUGGUAAAGUAUUGGUACAGCCUUCCUGUAUAUAGAUCACCACUGGGUAGGUCAGCAGAGGUCUCUCUUUCAGUCUAAUAAUAAUCCAUUCAUAUUCAGCAGAAACAAUGCUUUAAAGAUUCUUCAUAGUAUAUUUAAGUUUUAAAAAUGAGAGUUAGGAUUUUUUAAAAUUAGUUUCAUAAGUACACAUAUCCUCUCUAGUAGUCUGGCCAAAAACACAGGUUUGGUUAUUGAUAUUAACUUAUAGCUAGUUUUUUUUUUUCCACUCUUAACCACUAUAAUUUUUACGUCAUCACUAAAGUGCCUGUCCAGCACUGUAUAUCAAAUAGUCUCUCACAAACACGAGAAAAAGGGACUGUUAUCUUCAGUACAAUAUUAACUUGGACAGAACAUGAGGUUUAUUCUCUCUCAUAUAAGAAUAUUACAAAUCUGUUUUCUCUUGGACCUGUUUGUCCACUGAAUGUUAAGUAGUUUUUACUCUAUUUGGUUCCAUUUCUGUGAUUGCUUUAUUUCUACUAAUGUUUUAUGAUAGCUAACUAUGAUAAAUAUAACCAAUCAUGGUUUAUUUUCUAGAAUAUCUGAAUAAUGUAUGAGUAACCAACCAGUUUUAAUAUGUAUGUAAUAUGGGUGCAGAAUUUAAUUAAAUUACAUCAAAAUAUAAUGCAGGAAAACUACAUUACUGUCCAGUUUGAAAGUACAAAACAAAUAUUGAGAAUACUCAAAUCAGAAGAGUAUUCUAACCUUCUAAUUUUGGUUAAUUUCUUACCUGUUGUUUAAAUAGCAGUUAACUUUAUUUGUAUCUACUUUAUGGUGGAAAUGUUAAAUUGUGAUGCUGUUGCUGCCAACUUUCAAACACUUAAUUCUCCGAGCAGAAUGUUCAUUUGGAGGAGUAUUUUGUGCUUCAUUUGAGUUUAGACCGUAAUGACAGAAAAUGUUAAUAAGCAUGUCCUUUUAAGAAAAUAGAAGGUUUCUAAUUGUCUUAUUACCAUGGCAAUUCAAGUGAAUUAGAAGUAUUUUAACUGCAGUCUUGAAUUAUAAAGUUGAGAUAUAUGUAUCAGGAUCUCAACUUGAUGUAAAGUAAAUGAGCAGUUACCUGGCGGAUUUACAUUUUUUUAAAAUAACCAUUUAAAUCCAUAAUCUCAUAACAAAGUAGCUUUACUUCAAUAUUUACUUUAUCUUUGUCCACUCAACAGUGCUUCAGUAAGAUGAUAAGAGAUAGCUGAAAAUCACUAAAAGAUUUUAUUUUUAUUGAUCAGAAAACUUUUUAUGGUCUUGGAAUGCUGGAUUAUUUUUUGUCUUUCCCAUCCAUGGCAGCUAAAAAAAUAAAAUCACUCAAAAUGUUCAGGUUUACAUGCUAGCUCUCUCUCAUAGGGAGUUGCCAUACCUCACAGUUCAAAGUGUAUUCUAUAGAUCAGUAACAUUAUACUGACAUGUAAUUGCAAUUUACUAUGCAGCAAAAAUGAUUCAAGAAGAAAAAUAACCUACAGUGUCUACUUACCUUUGUAUAGGCAAUUGCUUAAGUUACUCUGCUUGUAACAUUUGUACUUGGAUACAAUGCUGAUGUAUGUAUGUAUAGCAAUGUCACAGUGUAAGAUGCUGCUAGCCCAGGCACAGAGUAUUAAAAUUAUUUUGUGAAGAUUGGUGGUUGUAUUAAAACUAUUGUGCCAUUAUA